UUCUCUCUCACACUCUCACGCUUCAGUCUUCAUCUUCUUCUUCUUCUUCUUCUCUGGUUCUUAUUAUCCUUUGAUUUUUUUUUUUUCAUGGCUUCUUCUUCCAAGUGCUCCGAGGCGACCAGUUGUUCGGGUUUGAGUUCUUCUUCUACACGUUCGUCUUCUUCCUCCUCCAUGGAGGCGGAUCAGAUGGUCAAGGUUGAGAUUGAGGCGGCGGAGGCUCUUGCAGAUUUGGCGGUUUGGGCGGUCAGAGAUAGUGGAGUUCAACCGUCGGAAACCAAAUGGCGGAUUAAAGAGAAGAAAGGGAAACGGGCCAGGAAGGAGGUUAAGACCGAGUCGCCGACUUCUGCCUUCGUCGACUCUUUACCUAGUCGCGCGGAUCUGGACCUUCGGAUUCAGCAGGAUAGAGAGGUGAUAAGUCAUCAGCCAUCAGAAAAGGAAUGCGCUGAUCACUCCCAUCCUGAGUGGGAAACAACCAAAGAGAUGAUUAAGGCGGAGAAGGAGGCCGAAUCACCUAAACUAAGCCACCCAUUAUUUGGCUGCCGGAGGUCAAGGCGUAAUCUGACUGAGGCUGAAAAGGAAGAAAGGAGAAUACGAAGGGUUUUAGCAAACAGAGAAUCAGCCCGGCAGACAAUUCGUCGUAGGCAGGCUCUGUGCGAGGACUUGACCAAAAAGGCUUCUGAUUUAGCAUGGGAGAACGAAAAUUUAAAGAGGGAAAAGGAGUUGGCCCUGAAAGAGUACCAAUCUCUGGAGAUUACUAACAAGGAAUUGAAGGAACAGAUUGCUCAAGCAGAGCCCAAAAUGGAGGAAAUCCCAGGAAACAAUAGAUCAUCUCAUGUUCAGACUCCUCCUUUACCUACCAACUACCCUCUUUUCUUGUUUAGUCGCCCUCCAUAUGCAUCGUAUUUCUGGCCGUCGGUGGUUCAACCUUCAAGUCCCUAUCAUGACCUACACACUGUUGCAGUCGUCCCGCCGAGUGUUCGUUCGCCUUCUAAUAAUACUGUUUAUGUAUCCGACUCUUCCCAUUUACAAGAAAACUUUACGAAUGUCACUGGCUUGAGAACACCCUUUUGUAUAGUACCUUGUUCUUGGUUGUUGCCUCAUCAUGAUCAUAGGAAUCAACAGAGUUCUCAAAACUCGUGUCCAGUGGGAAAUAUUCAAGAGUAUAUUUAUUCGAAUUCCCAGAACAGUGCUUAUACUUCAAAGGUUGUUGUGCGUGCAGAAAGCAGACAUUCUUCUUUGCCUUCAGCUGAAGAGAAAAACGAAGCUAAUGACUUGAAUGAAGCCCCGAGUCUAAAGGAUCAUACUCAGAACACAGUUGGAGUAGUUGUGGAUCGAUUUGAAGUCGACACAAGAGAUCAAGUUAGGAAAGUGCUUUCUCCUGUGAGACUUGAAUGUAUUGAACCCACUUCCACUGUCAAACAAGAUAAACCGAGCGAAGAUGAUCGCGGUCUGUCAUCAAGAACUUGUGAUGACUUAUGUCAUUUGGCAGAAAAAAAGCAUGAACCAGAGAUAGUCUCAUGUAAGAAAACCAUAGAUGCAAUGGCUGCAACUGAGGCAAGGAGGAGAAGAAAAGAACUAACAAAGUUAAAGAAUCUUCACACUCGUCCUUGCCGUAUGCAUUUCUGAUCUAUAUAGCUGGGGAGUUCAACAACUGUCUGUUGUCAACAAUCUUAUCUGUGUGAAGUCCUGUAUUCACUGGUUUUUGUUGGCAGAGGCAAACACAGAGUAUUGAAACAUCACCAUAGUUCAGGCUUUCUUUUUGAGGCGUUCUCGGUGGUUUUGUUCCGAAGCUCAGAGAGCGCCGACAUCAUGCUGCUAGUUGUAGCAGCAGUGAUGGGGAAGAAAAUUUACAUUUCGGGGCAUUUUUUUCGCGUCUGUUCCGAUGAGUUCUCUAACAAAUGAAAUGUGAUGGAUGGAUACUGAUGACUGAGUUGGAUUUGGAAGGGCAGCAAAGAGGAGGAGGAGAGUGUAACAAUUCUGUAUUUAAAUCUUCUUAUGGCUACUUCAAAGACACCCUUUAUGGGGUUGACUACAGUUCUUCAAUAAAUUGAAAAGUUGUUGUCCUA